UGGUUUGAACGUGUGCAAGAAUUUGUGUGUGAUGUGUUCUGGAGUUUGGGAAUGUGUUUUGUGUUAUUUUGUUUGAGCAGGUUUUUUUGUGAUGAUAGAUCUUGAGAAGAUCUUUCCGACGCAACGAGAAUCCCUUCAAUCGGAGCAAGAACGCGAAAGCUAUGAAGAUUCAAAGUUCAUGAGCUUGCGUUACAAUUGCGGCGGUUACAAAGUGAAGUUGUGGGGUGACUCUAUAUGGAGUUGGGACCUUUGGGGGUUGGGGAAAUUUGUCACUCACUGUAACAGCUGCAAAUUGGUUGGGAACAACCAAGCUAGAUUCUUGAACUUUGAUUGAACCUUUGAGAUUGAGUUAAGUUCUCCUCCUACAGCUUACCCCCUAAUGCGUCGAAAGCCAUAGCGUCGCGAAUACUUCAUCAAUCAACGUGAUUCAAAUUGGGAACGGUAGCUGAGAUUAAGAGAUACAACAUAUCCAAGUUUCGCGACAUUCCAACGGCUAGUUUUUCGUCGACGUCGUUUCUUGUAAAGACGACUUUUCUGUCCAGAAUUUCGGAUUUAUAUUUUGAGUUAUUCUAGCUCCUAAGUUCACCUAGACUCCGUCCUUAAUCCUAACAAGUGGUAUCAGAGCCAUAUUAAGAACAUUCAGAGGAGUCUACAGAAGUGUAAAGACCCUUCUAGACCCACCAUGGCCUGUGGGUGUGCCUAAGUGGUGUUCUAAAGGUUGGAUGUGACUUCCGCUAAGGGAAACUCUGCCGAAAUUUCGUGGACGCCGAUACUUGUGAAAAUAUCGAGGGAGCUGAGUGUGGACAGCAAAGGGGGGCUGAAAUUCGUCAUUUCUCAAGGAGAAGAUGAAUGAGAGAGGAGGAGAUGCUAAUGGAAGAGGAGCUAUAGCUGAGAAGGCAAGUGAGCCGCCGCCAUCAAAAGUUGAAGCUUUGGAUGGCUCCAACUAUGAGGAAUGGAGCGGACGGAUGAGGAGUGCCUUCAAACGCUACAAGCUACUGAAGAUUGCUGUUGGGGAAGAGAAGAUGCCAGAAGAAGGCGAAGCACGCGAACCGUGGAUUGAGAAAAGCGCGGUGCUUUUCGACCUCAUCCUUCAAUCGGUCAACAAGGAGAUGUUCGAGCACAUCAAGGAUCUUGUGGAAGCGGAUGAUUCGGGUCCAAGGGCGUGGAAACUACUACGCGAUGUGAUUCAGCCCAACACUCUCCCGAUGGUGAUCGUGCUCGAGAAGGAACUUGCUGCCAUCUCCAUGCGACCAGGGGACGAUGUGAAGCCGGUCCUUGACAAGAUCAAGGACACCUAUGCAAGGAUGGCAGCAGCGGGCAGCAGUGUAUCUCAGCUGCAGCAGUGCACCAAGAUCAUCUCGGUGUUGGACAACUCUUGGGACAACCUCAUCCCCACCCUCAACUCUCAGCAAGAUCAAUGGACACCUGAGUGGCUAAGGCAGCAGAUUCUGCAGGAGGACUUCCGCAGACGCCAUGUGGGAGGCGGUGCUGCCACUAAGACUGCUGAGGGGUAUGGAGCUGCAGGGCGCGGCAGAGGAAGAGGGGGUUGGAGAGGCCGAGGCCGUGGGAGAAGCUUUGGCAGAGGUAGAGGCCGAGGUGACUAUAAUGAGGGGCAUGGGAGCUCCAGUGGCAGGGGGAGUACCAGAAUGGAGGGCACCUGCUGGUACUGCAAGAAGGUCGGGCAUCCUUGGUUCAAGUGCUUCAGCAGGCCGGAGGGAUGGUCACCUCCAGGCAUGAAGCCGCCAAGUGGUGAACGCGCACAAGGUGGCGCUGUGCAAGGCUCAGGUGCACAAGGUGAAGGUGCACAAGGUAACGCCUAUCCUGGGAUGUAUCUCAUGGUUGAGGAUGUGCAUGGGCAUGAGGGUGAUGUGGGAUCUGUGGGAAAGGUUGUGAUGCACCCUCUCACGCACUGGGUGAUUGAUUCGGGUUGCACCAGUCACAUGACUCCACGGGCAGAUUUGCUUGAUGAGGUAAAACCCCCUGGGAAGAUCAAGUAUGUGGCAGCAGCAUCAGGUGCUUUGCUCCCCGUGAUUGGUGUUGGGAAUGCCAAGGUUAAGGGAGCUAAUGGGGAGCUUGUGGGGCUUGGGAAUGUUCUGCUGGUUAAAGGCUUGUCUGCUAACCUUCUCUCUGUGCGGCGACUGCAGAAGAGUAAGGCCGAAGUGACCUUUGGACCAACCAGCUGCCGUGCUAAGCUUGGGAAGAAGGUGCUGUGGAGUCUGGAAGAGGAGACCAGCUGCAUCAAGGACCUGUGGCAGCUGCCCAUCAUCCCUUGGAAUGGGAAGACUCCAACAGCAGCAACGGCAGCAGCGGCAAAGGCAACAGCAGGAGGAGAUGCAACUGCACCAAUUGAUGGGGUCCUGGAAGCAGUCAAGAAAGUGCAGCAGCAGCAGACACAUGGUGAGGUGCUUGCUGGUGUGGAUGCGAGUGCGGCAUGGGCUAAGGCUUCAUCAAGGAGUGGAGAGGCCGAUUGGGAGACAUGGCAUGAGAGGUUGUGUCAUGUGAACUUCCCUAUGCUGCAGAAGUUGGUGAAGAAUGGGAGCCUGAAGGGCUUGGAGGUGAAAGGGGAAGUGAAGGAGAUUGGGAGGUGCCCUACAUGCUUGGAGACCAAGUUCUCCAAGUUCCCCUUCAACAGUGCAACAGGACCAGCCAAGACCCCACUUGCACUUGUGCACAUGGAUGUGGUGGGGCCCACAAGAGCCCCUUCCCUCUCAGGCAGCCGCUAUUUCUUGACAAUUGUGGAUGACCACACUCGGGCAGUGUGGGUUUACCCUUUGAACAGCAAGGGGGAGGUGGCAGCGGCUGUCCUUAAGGAGUGGAUGCCUAGAGCUCAGAGGGAAUGCGGACACAAGGUGAAGGUGAUCCGCAGUGACAAUGGUGGGGAGUUCAUUGGAGCUGAUUUUGAGGGGGAGUUGAAGAGGAAGGGGAUCCAGCAUCAACUGACAGUGCCCUACAAUCCGCAGCAGAAUGGCGUGGCUGAGAGGUUCAACAGGACCCUGCAGGAGGGGGCACGCACUCUCCUUGGGCGUGCAGGGCUGCCUGAUCCGUUUUGGGUGUCUGCAUUGAGGCAGGUCGCCCUUGUGAAGAAUAGGGUGCUGGCUACAGUUGGGGAUAAGGAGUGGAUCCCAUAUACCAAGUGGUAUGGGAGUGCUCCACCUGUGAAUAUGCUGAGGGCAUUUGGGUGCAUGGUAGUGUUUCAUGUGCCUAAGGAGAAAAGAGGGAAGUUGGAGGCUUCUGGAAGAUGGGGUGUGCACUUGGGGAUUGCAAAGGAUCACAAGGGAUGGCUGCUAUGGGACUUGACCACCCAGAAGCUGACAGUGUCAAGGGAUGUGAAGUUUCUUGAGUCCCUGUACUACAAGGAAUGGAAGCAGCAGCAACAGAAGCUUCCAUCUACACCGCUCAUUGUGGAGGCAGAUGAGGUGCAGCAGCCUUCAAGACAGGUGGAGGUUGCAGUGUCAGAGGAGGAGAUGUCUGGGGUGACUGAGGAAGGGGGAGCAGCUGAAGUAGAGGAGCAGCAGCAGCAGCAACAUGAGUCUCCACCUCGAGUUCCACACCCGCCUGAGCGACCUAGGAGGGAUGUGCGCCCUCCGGUGAGGCUGACCUAUGGGGGAAGAGGCAAGCCGAAUGUGGUGCAGGCUGGGAGUGUGGUUGAGCAGAUUGAGGAAGAUGAGAUUGCAUUGUGCUAUUGGGCUGCAAUUCCUCAGCCUAAGGUACUGACGCUAGCUUCAACUCAGUAAAAGCGGAUGGCACCAGCAUUGGGGGUUAUGUGUGCUUGCUAGGAGGUGGUGCUGUGAGCUGGCGCAGCAAGAAGCAGAAUGAGGUGGGAUUGUCUUCAUAUGAGACUGAGUACAUGGCCUUACACCAUGGGGCCAAGGAAGUAGUGUGGCUAAGGCGUUUGUUGGAGGAGUUGGGAGUUGGUCAGGAGGAGCCGACAGUUGUGUUCUGUGACAAUGAGUCUGCUGUGAAGCUCGCCAAGAAUGCUUGUCUGCAUGGGCUGACAAAACACAUAAGGCCUAAGUGGCACUGGGUGAGGAGACUCCUUGAUAAGGAGGUGCGGCUGGAGAUAGUGAAGACCCAUCAGCAGGCAGCAGAUAUUUUCACCAAGCGUCUGGCGGAGGCGGAUCAUUGGAAGGGCAUGAAGCUUGCUGGGAUGAGUGUGCAUUGAGUAUGCAUGCUUGAGAUAUUGGUGUGGUGGAUGAUGGUUGGCAGCCAGAGGGGGAGAUUGUUGUGUGAUGUCAUCAUAUGCUAUCACAUUCUGUCUGCCUCCCAUCCCAUAUUUUUUCAACUUGCAUGUGUGGUUUGAACGUGUGCAAGAAUUUGUGUGUGAUGUGUUCUGGAGUUUGGGAAUGUGUUUUGUGUUAUUUUGUUUGAGCAGGUUUUUUUGUGAUGAUAGAUCUUGAGAAGAUCUUUCCGACGCAACGAGAAUCCCUUCAAUCGGAGCAAGAACGCGAAAGCUAUGAAGAUUCAAAGUUCAUGAGCUUGCGUUACAAUUGCGGCGGUUACAAAGUGAAGUUGUGGGGUGACUCUAUAUGGAGUUGGGACCUUUGGGGGUUGGGGAAAUUUGUCACUCACUGUAACAGCUGCAAAUUGGUUGGGAACAACCAAGCUAGGUUGGCAAGGGUGGCCAACUUGGAUGGAUUGGUUGGGAAGGGAAUCUUUGUGCUUAUGGGGUUUCCUUGGUUGGGGACUCUCUUGGGACCUUCCCUCUCAUCCCUCUCUUCUAUCCCAACCUUUCUCUUGCUCCUUUAAUUCCUUGUGAGAUUCUUGAACUUUGAUUGAACCUUUGAGAUUGAG